CUACAACGCAGAGACGCGAAGCACGAUCAGAGUUUUGGGAACAUCAAGCAUCAUCCAGCACAGAAUGGAGUCACAAGGAGCGUACCUGUGCACACCUCUCCUCUUCGGGCUCCUCGUGAUGAAGGCAGAAGGAAACCAAUGCAAAGAACAGUGGCAUCGGUCACACCACGGCGUUUCAACACGCAGGAGAAAAAUGAGUAUCAUCAUAAUGGUCAAUUGCUGAUGCUGAAAAAUCGUGUCGAAAAUAUGGAACGUGAGAGGGAACGUUUGGCUGCGCAAACAAGGGAUCAGCUGAUCGCGAAGGAAAAACACCAUGCAGCUGAAAUCUGGGAGAAAGAGGAACGGAUACGUCAGCUUGAAACGCAGAUACAGUGUCUGCGGCAAGAAAACUUGCAAAGCAGCUUUCAAAUACACAACGUCACGAUGUCGGGCAGUAUUGAUGUGGAAAUGGCUGAUGGCACGGCAGCACCCAGCACAAGCGCAGCGUUACCUACAAGACGAGUGAGCUUGCCAAAGAAUGACACUGCAUGGAAGAAUAUUUCACGAUUUGGAGCUGCAGCUUCUGUAUUCGCUAAUAAUUCAACCGUAGAUCGAUUUGGCAAUGAAAAUGGCUCCGAAACCUUCGCACACAUUCCCAGUCAGAUGCUGGGUGGUCUCCCAGUCCCGAAUGGUACGUUCCGAUGCCCUCAGCCAAUCUACGAAGCUCCGAAGAAGAUAGCUGUUACUACCGAAAGCAAACAGUGCCAAGCAGAAGGACUCUUUGAUGACUGGAAUGUCCAACGGAAAAUGCGUGAAGUUUCGUUGGAGUCCUUUCUUGAGAUCGCAAACUGCCAGCAUGAGGACAUCCCGAAUGGUACGUUCCGAUGCCCUCAGCCAAUCUACGAGGCUCCGAAGAAAAUAUCCGUUACUACCGAAAGCAAACAGUGCCAAGCAGAAGGACUCUUUGAUGACUGGAAUGUCCAACGGAAAAUGCGUGAAGUUUCGUUGGAGUCCCUUUUGAGAUCCGCAACUGCAGCAGAGGACAGUAACUUCGAUCUGUCUGCCUUAAGUAGGCUAUGCCACGUCAGGGAUCAUUUGGAACUGAAAUCUCAUUUAGGUACGGUAGAGCAGCUCAGUGAUGAUUCAUUCACCUAA